AUGCCAACUGGAAAGAGAGGUCGGCGAGCAGUUUUCUCCGAUAGUGAAACUGAGGGGACUGAGAUUGCUGAAGAGGACUCGACCAGAUCUAGCUCGAAGAGAGCACGUCGAUCUGCAACAGAAGAAAUUAAUGGCUUUCCAGACGAAAUGUCUUUUGAUGAAGAUAACUAUUUUGACGACGAUGAUUUUGGGGCAGAUGCAUAUCGUCAUGAUAUUUAUGGUGAUUCUAUUAUUAUCGAACGCAGAAUUAGUCGAGAUGGUAGUAAUGGUUAUAAAAUCAAAACAAGUGGUGGAAAGGUAGUUUCUGGAAAACGGGAUGAAUUAAACGCUAUUUUAGACCAUAUGGCAAUUCAAGUGGACAAUCCCAUGAAUGUUCUAUCACAAGACACUGCACGUCAAUUUUUGCACUCUUCAAGCUCAGAAGAUAAAUAUAAGUUUUUCAUGAAAGGAACUCAAUUGACGCAAUUGAGUGAAGAUUAUGAAUUAAUACGUGAAAGUAUCGAAACAACCCAAAAUAUUAUUAAGCACAAAAAAGAGGUGCUACCAGAUCUACUCAGGGCAGCUAAAGAUGCCGAGGCAAAAUAUAAAGAUAUGGAAAAAGCCCGUGAGCUUGAAGUAAUGGUCUCUAAUUUGAAGGAUCAAAUGGCUUGGGCUCAAGUUGAAGAAAAAGAACAGGAAGUUGCAGAAGCAGAAGCAAACUUGUUAAGGGCUAGAAGACGACUACCAAGCGUUCAAACUAAUUUAGAAAAAGAACAAAAAAAAUUUGAUGAAAUCAACUCAAUUAUUUCUGAAUUAGAACAGAGGCUUCAUGAACAUGCUACUACUACUCAACCUUUGCAAAACAGAAAAAAAGAAUUGCAGAUGCAAGUAAAAGAGAAAGCAAAGCAACUACGCGAGAUUCAUGAAAGGGAAAUAAAUGACCAGAUUAAAAAUUUGAAACAUUCUGUCGAAACAUUUCGAAUAAAAAUAAAUGAGGAAGCACUAAAGUUACAAGAUGAUAAUCGCCAGAGGCGAGAUUAUGUGUUGAAUGCUGUCAAAGAAAGGGAAGAUGAAGUCAAUAUACUAACACAAGAACGUCACGAAUUGUUGACAAAAUCUGAAAAUUUAAUUGAGAAACUAGAACACAUAAGAAAUGAGAAACGAUCAAUUGUACAGAAUAUUCGACGUACUGAAGAUGACAUUUUACGACAUAAUGAUCUUAUACAGCAACUAAGAGAUCAAAAGAGCGACAAUCUCAAGGCUUUUGGUCCUUCGAUACCUGAUGUGCUUAAUGCAAUUGCUCAUGAGAAUAGAUGGUAUAAGAGACCUGUAGGUCCUUUUGGGAGAUAUAUUAAGCUAACAAAACCUGAGUGGAGAAACACUUUGGAAUCUGUGAUCGGACAUUCUUUGACCGCUUUUUCUUUAUUCUUGUUGAAAACCGUGCUGAAGCUGAUAGAAUCAUGUACAAUGAUGGAAAGGGGUUCCCUUAUAAUGUUAGUGCAUGCUACACUGUUGACGGGUUCAAAGUUGGGCAUAGGCGGUGGCUAUUCAACACAAUCAAUUUUUCCCUACAGAGGACCUUCUAGAUUUACACAAGAUAUUGAUUCUCAGAUUCGAGAGACGCAAGAAAAAAUUAAUGAAGCAAACUAUAUGAAGUCUCGGUAUAUCACCGAAAUAAGACGAGCUGACUCGGAAAUUGAAAAGGCGAAUCAAGAACAAAGGGACAUCCAGAACAAAAUUAAUGAGAAUCAACGACGUGGAAAACAACUGAAUAACGAAAUAAUUCAGCUGAAAGAAGAUUUACAGGAAGAUGAACCAGCAAAUAUUGCUGCAUUGGAAGAAGCAAUAAGAGAAGCUGAAAUUGAGAUAGAACAACAUAAAAGAAAUUAUGCAUCACUUCAAGAACAAAAAGUGCAACUAGAUAACGAACAAUUACCACUAGUCACUGAAAUUGAAGAAGAACAAAUAGAAGAACAAGUGUCUAUGCGUGUGACUAGCGCGAAUAAUAAGGCACAUUGGGAAAGAAAAAUGAUCUUAGAACAGCAAAAAAUCAAUGCUGCUGAGGAGGAUGUUAAGAAUAAGCAAUAUGUUCUAGAGGAUUGGACAAAGCAAGCAGCAGAUUAUUGUCCAGAACGUGUGGAAGUUACGAAGCCAGCUAAUGAAUUAGAUCGUGAAAUCAAGCAAAUUCAAAACCGUUUACGAGAAAGGGAAAAGGAACAUGGGUCAAGCCUUGAAGAAAUAGCAUCAGAUAUGGCUGCAAAACGUGAUGCUUAUCGUCAUGCAAAAACUGAAAUUGACUGCACACAGUAUAUCUUAAUUACUCCUCAAGAUGCUAGUAACGUUUCGCCUGGGCCGGACGUUCGCGUGCAUCGUUUGCAAGAUCCCGAAAGAGGGCAAGGAAUUAUCAGCUAG